GCUGAGCAGACGCUGCGGCAGAAGGCGCAGGUGGAGCAGGAACUGACCAAGGUGAAGCUGCAGCUGGAUGAGACGGACCACCAGAAGGGCAUUCUGGACGAGGAGCUGCAGCGGCUGAAGGAGGAGGUGACCGACGCCGUCCGGCAGAAGGCCCAGGUGGAGAAGGAGCUCUUCAAGGUCCGGGUGCAGAUGGAGGAGCUGGCAAAGCUGAAGAGCCGGAUCGAAGAGGAGAACAAGGUGCUGAUCCUCAAGGACAAGGACAACACGCAGAAGUUCCUGGCGGAGGAGGCCGAGAAGAUGAAGCAGGUGGCGGAGGAAGUUGCCCGGCUCAGCGUGGAGGCCCAGGAGGCUGCCCGCAUGCGGAAGCUGGCCGAGGACGACCUGGCGCAGCAGCGGGCGCUGGGGGGGGAGAUUGAGAUGCUGCAGAAGCAGAAGGACCUGGCGCAGGAGCACGCCAAGCGGCUGCAGGAGGACAAGGAGCAGAUGCAGCAGCGCCUGGCCGAGGAGACCGAGGGUUUCCAGAAAACCCUGGAGGCUGAGCGCCGGCGGCAGCUGGAGAUCACGGCCGAGGCCGAGCGCCUCAAGCUACACGUGGCGGAGAUGAGCAUGGCCCAGGCCAAGGCCGAGGAGGAAGCCAAGCGGUUCAAGAAGCAGGCAGAGGAGAUCAGCGAGAGGCUGCACGAGACCGAGCUGGCCACGCAGGAGAAGAUGACGCUGGUGCACACUCUGGAGAUCCAGCGGCACCAGAGCGACCAGGACGCAGAGAAGCUGCGGAGGGCCAUUGCCGACCUGGAGCAGGAGAAGGAAAAGCUGAAGCAGGAGGCGGCGCUGCUGCAGCAGAAGGCGGAGGAGAUGCAGGUGGCCCAGCAGGCGCAGCUCCGCCAGGAGACACAGCUCCUCCAGCAGACCUUCCUGACAGAGAAGGACACCCUGUUGCAGAAGGAGAAGUUCAUCGAGGAGGAGAAAACGAAGCUGGAGAAGCUCUUUAAAGACGAGGUCGACAAAGCCCAGAACCUGAAGGCGGAGCAGGAGCGGCAGCAGAAGGAGAUGGAGCAGGAGAAGCAGCAGCUGAAAGCCAUGCUGGACGAAGCCAAGAAGCAUCAGCAAGAAGCAGAGGAAAACGUCCGGCACAAGCAGGAGGAGCUGCAGCAGCUGGAGAGACAGCGGCAGCAGCAGGAGAAACUCCUGGAAGAGGAGAACAAGAAGCUCAGGGAGAGGCUCGAGCAGAUGCAGGAAGAGUACAAGGCCGCCCUGGCCCAGACACGAGAAAUCAUGAUCCAGACGGACGACCUGCCUGAGGAGGCAACGGUUACGAUGAUGCAGGUGCCAGAUAUCAAAGCUGUGCCCAACGGCAGAGACGCGGUGGAUGGCUUAGCGCAGAACGGGGAGCCGGAGUUUGCAUUUGACGGCAUCCGUCAGAAGGUAUCUGCAGAGAAGCUGGCUGAUGCCGGCAUUUUGAGCAAGGACAGCUUAGACAAGUUGGCGAAGGGCGUCGUGAGUGUUGGAGAGCUCUCACAGAGGGAAGACGUCAAGAAGUACCUGCAGGGCAAGAGCAGCAUUGCUGGUUUGUUAAUCAAACCCACCAAUCAAAAGAUGAGCAUCUAUGAAGCCAUGAAAAAGAAGCUGCUCAGCCCAGGCACCGCGCUGGUCCUCCUGGAAGCGCAGGCUGCCUCCGGCUUCAUAAUUGACCCUGUGCGAAACGCGAGGCUCUCGGUGAACGAGGCGGUGAGAGAGGGAGUGAUUGGGCCAGAACUGCACAAUAAGAUGCUGUCUGCUGAACGGGCGGUAACCGGCUACAAGGAUCCUUACACGGGCGACAAGAUCUCCCUCUUCCAGGCCAUGAUGAAGGAGCUCAUCGUCAGGGAGCACGGCAUCCGCCUGCUCGAGGCCCAGAUCGCCACCGGCGGCAUCAUCGAUCCUGUCAACAGCCACCGCCUGCCUGUAGAAGCUGCCUACAAGCGGGGCUACUUCGACGAGGAGAUGAACCAGGUCCUCUCCGACCCCACUGAUGACACCAAGGGCUUCUUCGACCCCAACACACAGGAGAACCUCACCUACCUGCAGCUCAUGGAGCGGUGCGUGACUGACCCAGACACGGGGCUGUGCCUCCUGCCGCUCACUGACCAGGCGGCCAAAGCAAGAGAGCUGGUCUACACGGACAAAGAAGCUAAGGAUGUCUUUAAGAAGGCCACAGUGACGGCACCGUUUGGCAAGUUCCAAGGGAAGACGGUGACCAUCUGGGAAAUCAUCAACUCUGAAUACUUCACUGAGGACCAAAGGCGGGACCUGAUCCAGCAGUACAGGACUGGCAAGAUCACGGUGGAGAAGAUCAUUAGGAUCAUCAUCACGGUUGUGGAGGAAAGCGAGAAAAAGAGCCAGAUGUGCUUCGAGGGCCUCCGGGCCCCUGUGCCUGCUGCUGAGCUGCUGGAAAGCAAAAUCAUCAACAAGGACCUCUACAACCAGUUGCACCAGGGCAAGAAGUCUGUGAAGGACGUGGCGGAGAUGGAGUCUGUGCGGCAGUACCUGAAGGGCUCGGAUGCCAUUGCUGGCGUCCUAGUGGAGUCGACCGGCCAGAAGCUCACCUUCUACGACGCCCUGAAGAGAAACCUGCUGAAGCCAGAGAUUGCCCUGUCCCUGCUGGAAGCGCAGGCUGCCACCGGCUAUAUCAUCGACCCUGUGAGGAACAAGCUGUUCUCUGUCGACGAGGCGGUGAAGGCCGAGGUGGUGGGGCCGGAGUUUCACGAGAAGCUGCUGUCCGCAGAGAAGGCGGUGACUGGCUACAAGGAUCCCUAUACGGGCCAGACGGUUUCCCUCUUCCAAGCGCUCAAGAAGGGCCUCAUCCCCAGCAAUACCGGGGUCCGUCUGCUGGAUGUCCAGCUCGCCACUGGAGGCAUCAUUGAUCCUGUGAACAGCCACCGGCUCCCACUCGAGGUCGCCUACAAACGGGGCUACUUGGACCCAGAGAUAAAUGAGGCUCUGUCCGAGCUCCGAGAUGAUGUCAAGGCUUUCUAUUGUCCCAACACCCAAGAGCACCUCACCUACACCCAGUUGCAGAAGAACUGCCACCGUGACAAGCAGACUGGCUUCUGCCUGCUGCCCCUGUCAGACAAAGCCAUCCAGUCUCAGCAGGAGGAGGUCUACACAGACAGCCAGGCGAAGGAGUGCUUUGACAAGGCGACUGUAGAGGUCCCAGUGGGCAGCAUGAAGGGCCAGACAAUGACCAUCUGGGAGCUGAUCCACUCUGAGUACUUCACGGAGGAGCACAGGCGAGAGCUCCUCCGACAGUACAAGACUGGCAAGGUGACCAUCGAGAAGAUCAUCAAGAUUGUCAUCACCAUCAUCGAGGAGGCAGAGACCAAAAAGCAGGAGAAGCUGACGUUCAGCGGUCUCCGGGCACCUGUACCUGCCAGCGAGCUGGUAGAGUCCUGCAUCAUCAGCAAAGCCCAGUACGAGCAGCUGAAGGAAGGCAAGAAAUCAGUGAAGGACCUCUCCGAGACAGAUGCGGUGAGGAGAUUCCUGCAUGGCAGCGAGUGCAUUGCUGGCGUCUACGUGGAGGCGACCAAGGAGAAGCUGAACAUCUAUGAGGCCAUGAAGAGGAACCUGCUGAGGCCCAGCACUGCUGUGGUCCUCCUGGAGGCCCAGGCAGCGACCGGGUUCUUGAUCGACCCUGUGAAGAACCGGAAACUGUAUGUCAACGAGGCCGUGAAGGCUGGUGUCGUUGGGCCUGAACUGCAUGAGAAGCUGCUGUCCGCUGAGAAGGCUGUCACUGGGUACAAGGACCCCUACUCGGGCAAUACCAUCUCCCUCUUCCAGGCCAUGAAGAAAGGACUCAUCGUCAAGGAGCACGGCAUCCGCCUACUUGAGGCCCAGAUUGCAACCGGCGGCAUCAUCGACCCAGUCAACAGCCACCGCCUCCCCGUGGAGGUGGCCUACAAGCGGGGCUACUUCGAUGAGGAAAUGAACCGGACCCUCUCUGACCCCACCGAUGACACCAAGGGCUUCUUUGACCCCAACACCCACGAGAACCUCACCUACCUGCAGCUGAAGGAGAAGUGCAUCGAAGAUCCUGAGACGGGCCUGUAUCUGCUGCCUCUGCGGGAGCCUGAGAAGCCUACACUGGUGGAGACCACCCAGGUGUACACGGAAGCAGAGACGCGGAAGGUGCUUGAGGAGACACAGGUGGACAUCCCCGUGGGCAGCAGGGCGGGCUCCUCCAUGUCACUGUGGGAGAUCAUGCACUCAGACCUGCUGCCUGAGGAGCAGCGGAAGCAGCUCAUGGAGGAGUUCCAGUCAGGCCGUGUGUCCAAGGAGCGCAUGAUCAUCAUCAUCAUUGAGAUCAUCGAGAAGACUGAGAUCAUCAGGCAGCAGAAUCUCACAUCCUAUGACUACGUCCGGCGCCACAUCACAGCCGAGGACCUCUAUCAGGCCAAAAUCAUCUCUCUAGACAUCUACAACCUGCUGAAGCAGGGCUCCAAAACCUUCCGGGAGCUCCUGGACGUGGAGACUGUCUGGAAGUACCUCUACGGGUCGGGCUGUGUGGCUGGCAUCUACAUCCCCUCCUCCAAGCAGAAGCUCAGUAUCUACCAGGCACUGAAGAAGGGGCUGAUCAACUCCGAGGUGGCCCGCUCCCUCCUGGAGGCCCAGGCUGCCACCGGUUUCAUGAUUGACCCCACAAAGAAUGAGAUGCUGACCGUUGAUGAAGCGGUCAGGAAAGGCGUGGUGGGGCCUGAAAUCCAUGACCGGCUCCUGUCUGCAGAGAGGGCCGUGACCGGUUACAGAGACCCGUACAGCGAACAGAAGAUUUCCAUCUUCCAGGCCAUGAAGAAAGACCUCAUUCCCAGCGAGGAGGCCCUCAAGCUCCUGGAUGCUCAGAUAGCCACCGGUGGCAUCAUCGACCCGCACCUGGGCUUCCAUCUGCCCCUGGAGGUGGCCUACCAGCGGGGCUUCAUCAACAAGGACACGUAUGACAUGCUGUCCGAGCCCAGUGAGGUGCGAAGCUACGUGGACCCGUCCACGGAGGAGAAGCUCAGCUACACGCAGCUCCUGAAGCGGUGCCGGAAGGACGAGAACAGCAGGCUCCUCCUGCUCCCACUCUGCGACACGAGGAAGCUCACCUUCCGGGGGCUGCGGAAGCAGAUCACUGUGGAGGAGCUGGUCCGUUCGCAGGUGAUGGAUGAAGCCACCGCCCAGCGCCUCCAGGAGGGCCUCACCUCCAUCGAGGAGGUCUCUAAGAACCUGAAGAAGUUCCUGGAGGGCACCAGCUGCAUUGCUGGCGUAUUUGUGGACUCCACGAAGGAGCGGCUGUCUGUGUACCAGGCCAUGAAGAAGGGGAUCAUCAGGCCAGGCACCGCCUUUGAGCUCCUGGAGGCGCAGGCAGCCACGGGUUACGUGAUUGACCCCAUCAAGGGCCUCAAGCUGACAGUGGAGGAAGCUGUGCGGAUGGGCAUUGUGGGCCCCGAGUUCAAGGACAAGCUGCUCUCUGCUGAGAGGGCAGUCACUGGCUACCGGGAUCCCUACUCCGGAAAGCUCAUCUCCCUCUUCCAGGCCAUGAAGAAGGGUCUGAUCCUGAAGGACCACGGGAUCCGCUUGCUCGAGGCCCAGAUUGCAACGGGAGGCAUAAUCGAUCCUGAGGAGAGCCACCGCCUCCCUGUGGAGAUUGCCUACAAGAGGGGCCUCUUCGACGAGGAGAUGAAUGAGAUCCUGCUGGAUCCCAGCGAUGACACCAAGGGCUUCUUCGACCCCAACACUGAGGAGAACCUCACCUACCUGCAGCUCAUGGAGCGGUGUAUCACUGACCCAGAGACUGGCCUCUGCCUCCUGCCCCUGAAGGAGAAGAAGCGGGAGAGGAAGACCUCCUCCAAGUCCUCUGUCCGCAAGCGGAGGGUGGUGAUCGUCGACCCAGAGACGGGCAAGGAGAUGUCCGUGUACGAAGCCUAUCGCAAGGGCCUCAUUGACCACCAGACCUACCUGGAGCUGUCGGAGCAGGAGUGUGAGUGGGAGGAGAUCACCACCUCCUCCUCUGACGGUGUGGUGAAGUCAAUGAUCAUCGACAGGCGCUCGGGGCGCCAGUACGACAUCGACGAUGCCAUCAGCAAGGGCUUGAUCGACCAGUCAGCCCUGGACCAGUACCGCUCGGGCACCCUCUCCAUCACCGAGUUUGCAGACAUGCUCUCUGGCAACAUGAGCGGCUUCCGGUCGCGGUCGUCCUCCGUGGGAUCAUCCUCCUCCUACUCCGUCAGCCCAGCCCCCACGCGAAUGCAGAUAUCCAUGUGGAGCGACCCGACCGAGGAGACCGGGCCAGGACACGGACAUCUGGAGAAGGUGUCCAUCACGGAGGCGAUGCGCCGCAACCUCGUGGAUAACAUCACAGGGCAGAGGCUGCUGGAAGCGCAGGCCUGCACCGGGGGCAUCAUCGACCCCAACACCGGGGAUAAGUGCUCCGUCGCCGACGCAGUGAACAAGGGCCUGGUCGACAAAAUCAUGGUGGACCGCAUCAACCUGGCGCAGAAGGCCUUCUAUGGCUUCGAGGACCCACGGACCAAGACGAAGAUGUCGGCGGCCCAGGCCCUGAAGAAGGGCUGGCUGUACUACGAGGCCGGGCAGCGCUUCCUGGAGGUGCAGUACCUGACAGGGGGCCUGAUUGAGCCCGACGUUGAGGGCCGCGUCUCCUUGGACGAGGCGCUGCAGAAGGGCACCAUCGACACACGCACGGCCCAGAAGCUGCGGGACGUGAACACCUACUCCAAGUAUCUCACCUGCCCCAAAACCAAGCUCAAGAUCUCCUACAAGGACGCGAUGGACCGAAGCAUGAUCGAGGACGGGACCGGCCUGCGGCUGCUGGAGGCCUCCUCCCAGUCCAGCAAGGGCUACUACAGCCCCUACAACGUCAGCAGCGCUGGCUCCACCUCCGGCUCGCGGUCGGGCUCCCGGACCGGGUCCCGCUCAGGCUCCAGGCGAGGUAGCUUCGACGCCACUGGCUCCGGCUUCUCCAUGACCUUCUCUUCCUCCUCCUACUCUUCCUCGAGCUUUGGGCGCAGAUACGCCGUGGGUCCCCAGAGCACCGUGGAGGCGGCUGCCCUUGCCCUCGCCUUGUCCCUCCCGAGCAGGAGCUGCAGGCAGGAGGCAAGCGGGGAGCGCCCCGGGCUGUGUGGGCCCCCACUCCGCGUGGCCUGAAACCUGCCGGCCCCUUCCGAGGAACCCGCCGCCUCACCUGCUCCGCAUGUGGCAACGCUGCUGGCUAAUCACUAGUAUUUUUUUUUAAUUUUUAAACUCCAUUCUUCUUCCAAAGCAGUGCCUAAAGUUUAACCAAAAAGACUAGACUAAUAUAUUAAUAUAUACGAUUGUUCUGACAGUAUUUGUAUAUUAAGAGAUGAGAGAGAACACACUACCCUCCCAUAUCUGCCGCCCCGGGAGCCUGCUGCCGUUCCUGCCCUCU